CCCCUUGCAUCCAUCGCUUUCUCUCAAGUCUCAUCCAACCGUCCGCUGAGAUUACUUUUUUUUUUCACUACUUUCCGGUCAACUGAGUUUCAAUAUUUAAUCCCAAGAGUUCAAACCGCACACGAAGCCCCCCUUCUUCUUUCUCCCCAAGCAAAACCAGCACCUGCUUCAGCAAGCCGUAAUUAUUAUUAUCGCGCCACGUGGCACUCUAAUACCCAAUUCCAACUUUGCCUUCUUUCCUUCCCUUCCCUUAAUACGAGCAGCACUCACUACCACGCAGAGCUAAUGUGACCACCAACUGUUUGUGAAAAUGCGAGGACUGAUAAAGAGCUUCAGCCUCCUCAUGCUCUUGCUUGCCUUCCCUUACGCCAUUAAUGCGCAGGCCACCCAGGAAUUACAGAACAACAACGGCUAUGGCGACCUCUCCACUUUCUCCUCAUCCAUGGCCAUGAUCCUUGUUUUCCUCGUAUGCACCUUCUUCUUGAUGGCCUUCUUCAUCAUCUGCAUUCGCCGCUGCGCCGAGGCUGCAGACAUCGAAUCCGCCGGAACCGCAGCUCCUGCCACCGUUACUCUCCGGCGAGGCCUCGACCCUGCCGUGAUCAAGACUUUCCCGAUCCUCGUCUACUCUGCCGUCAAGGAUCUCAAGAUCGGGAAGGGAGCUCUGGAGUGCGCGGUGUGCUUGGGCGAGUUCGACGACUACGAAACGCUGCGUUUGCUGCCGAAGUGCGAUCACGUCUUCCACCCAGACUGCAUCGACGCCUGGUUAGCAGCUCACGUGACGUGUCCGGUUUGCCGCGCCAAUCUCUCGGCCGAGUCGAACUCGCGAGUUCCUGAGCCACACAACGAUCCGAAUCUGGAAAGUUCGAGUACGACGAGCCAGAUUGAAGUCGGUGAGGCUCGGAACGACGCCGUCGUGGUCAAUGUGUAUGAAAAUCAGAGCGGCGACCCACAAGCGGUUGAGACUGUUAACCGUACACGUACAGCGAGGUCGGGAAUCUCUGGAAAGUUCCCCAGAUCGCACUCGACGGGUCACUCACUGAGUCAACUCGGAGGGAACACGGAGCGGUACACCUUGAGACUGCCAGAGGAGGUGAGGAGACAGCUGAUUUCGCUCGGGAUAAAUAAGCUGAGACGUUCGAAUAGCUACGACGUCAUUUUGCCUCGCCUUGAGAGUUCGAGGAAGGGGUAUAGGUGCGGCGGCGGUGAAGCGAAAAGCAAUGUGGAUAAUCAAACCGGGUGGUUCGACUCAUGGGUUUUGUUAAGAACGCCCUCGUUUUUGGCUAGGGGGAGUUCCGUUACCUUUAAGUCUCCUAAGGGAGGAGGCGGUGACGGAGAUGGCGUGUUUGGGAAGACGCCGUUAAGGUCUGUUAAAACGCCGUUCGAUUGUCUGAAUGCGAAGGCGGAGAGGUCCAAAGAAUCGAUAUCUCAGCUUCCUCUUUGAUUUGUAAAUAUUUGCAUUAUGGUGUUUUAGUUAGUACUACUGUGUACUUAGCAUUUUGUUUAUAUAUGUGUGUGUAUAUAUAUAUAUAUAUAUAUAUAUAUAUUCGUUAAAUAUAUUUUUGAAAGAGGAGAUUAUUGAUAACAAUUAAGAGAAUACAACAA